AUGGGGUUCUCACUUGCCAGCAUUGCGCAGGCGCUGCUUCUCUGCCUCAACGCCAUGGCCAUCCUGUCGGAGCGGCGGUUCCUCUCGAAGUAUGGCCUUGCCACAACGCCAAUGUCAGAGCAGGGUGGGGAUGCGGGGUAUGUGCCGCAGUCGUUUGGCGCUGGGGACGCCUUUGCGCGUGUGCCGCCGACCUCCCCCCUGAAGAUGCAACUCGCCUUCCUGCUGAGUAGUGUACGUACCUUGUUGCGGUUGCCGUUGAUCCUCGUGAACACGGCGGUUAUCAUCUUUGCCCUUCUGUUUGGCUGA